AUGGAAGAUACCAAACAAUUUUGGGACACCAUCUUGGACUAUUCAGGCAGUGCAAUGACAUAUACGCAAGCUGAUUUUGAACUGUCACAAGUAUAUAAAUGUGUGGAUUCAAAUCAAGGUGAACAAAUCAAAGAUGUAAUCUCCAUGGGAGUUGCUGAUGGUAAAAGAGAGCCAAUAUCAAUUUUAGAUCAUAUUGAAAAGCAAGGUCGUGUAUUACCUUCUAGAGUAAUUGUCAAUGAUAUUUCGGACACAUUGUUCGAUCAAGCUAAAGCUAAUUUAGUCAAUGGUGGUUGGGUUAAGAAAAUAGGUAAUGAAAUCAUUUAUUUUUUGGGUAAAAUAGAUGACAUUAAAACAGAAUUAGUAAAGGAAACAAAAGUACGUUUGGGCAUUCUUGGUGUAUACAAUUUAGGAUAUUUGCCACAGGCAUUAAAUCUAUAUCAACAGAAUGCAAAUAUAAUUGGGACAAAGUUUAAUGUUUAUCCAGUCUAUUUGAAUAAUGACAAAGACAACUUAAUCUUGGAACAUGGUGAAACGAUUACAUUCGAUAUCACUAAUUUGAGUGAUGAUAUUAUUAAUCAAAUUAAUAAUAAUGUAGACCAAAAGAAGACGAUCAAGGCUAUUUACGAUAAAUUUCUUGAAACUGGAUGGGUACAUGAUAGUGAACGAUCAGGAAGACCAUCUUUAAUAACAUCCGAAAAACAAGAUGAAAUCGAAGAAGUUCUGUUAAACAACUCAAUGAAUAGUGUUCGCAGUGUUUCUCAAAAAGUGAAUACGUCGAAGUCGGUGGUCCAUCGUACAAUGCGUGAUGUUUUAGUAUAUAAACCAUAA